CUGGGCUCGUUUGGUCUUGUCUGGUCGGGACGGGACCCGAGCGGAGAGAGAGAGGCAGAGAAAGUACGCAUGGCUGGCAGAAUCGCCGGCCUUGUAAGCGGCUGCGAGGGGGGAGCAGGAGGAGAGGGGAACGGCAACUUGCGCAAGAGAGACGCCGCAAAUCUUCCCACCCCACAGGCGAAUGAGACAAACUUGAUUGCACUUCGGCUUUUUUCCUUUCCUGAAGAGAAAGGCUGCGCUUGGCUGCACUGUAUAGGGGAGAGCAGGGCGGGGAGCCGCCGAUCGGCUCCCGAUAUGUAGCCGCCGCCGAGGGAAAGUGGCACAAAAACGGGAAGACGCGGGAUAGAGACUCGGGAAGCGACAUGCCCCGGCGUGUUUUUUGGGUAGGGGGGAAAUAAGACCCCGCAGUGCCAUCCUUAAACUGGAAGUUUGAGGGAAAUCAAGUGAAUACUUGAAACUUUUUUUCGGAGAUGCUGCUUAAGCGUUAGACUUGGAGCUGCGGAGCUUUCUGCGGAGUUAAGAAGCGCUGCGCCCGCCCAGCGGUUCUAUCACACGGCGUCCGGCUCGGACUUUAGUCUCUUUUUUUGUCUUGAAGACGGGGAGUUUGUGACAGAGAUCCGUGCAGACGGGGCGCUGGGGGUCGGCCGUCCCCUUCGCUCCUUCACACUCUAGCUGCGGAAUGAUGAUGGCCGCGGACGACGGCGGCGGCGACACCGGCCCCCUCACGGCUCGCUAUCCGUUUCUCUCCAAGCCGCGCCCGCCGCCCCCCACCGCGCCGCCCCCGGCACCGCACGGCGCCCGGCGCUCCCCGGACGGGUCGCCUGACGGUGCGUUUGUCCCUGGUCUGGUCGGGAGGAGCGCGGCGCCCUGCUCCCCCACGCCCGAGAGUCCGGCCAGCGCGCCGUCGCCCACCACCGGCAGUCCGGACGGGCCCGGCGCCUUUCCCCCGCUGCCGCCUCCGCCCUCCGGCUCAGUGGACGAAGGCGACGGUUUAGACGGUCCCGAGUACGAGGAAGAGGAGGUUGCUUUCUCCCUGACUGCGCCGCCUACCGACCAGUGGUACCAUGGGAAGCUGGAACGCGGCAUGGCGGAGGAGCGGCUACGGCAGGCGCGCACACCGGGUAGCUACCUGGUCCGCGAGAGCGAGCGGCGGCCCGGCUCCUUCGUGCUCUCCUUCCUCAGCGUCACCGGCGCAGUCAACCACUUCAGGAUUAUCGCCAUGUGUGGCGAUUACUACAUCGGGGGGCGUCGGUUCUCCUCCCUGUCAGACCUGAUUGGCUACUACAGCUACGUGUCAUGCCUGCUGAAAGAGGAGAAGCUGCUUUCCCCAGUCCCCCCACCCGAGCCCGUGGAGGACCGGCGCCGGGUGCGAGCCAUCCUGCCCUACACAAAGGUGCCGGACACAGAUGAGAUCAGCUUCCUGAAGGGUGACAUGUUCAUCGUGCACAACGAGCUGGAGGAUGGCUGGAUGUGGGUGACGAAUCUGCGCACUGACGAGCAGGGCCUCAUUGUGGAGGACCUGGUGCAGCCAGUGGGCCGAGAGGAGGAUCCACAAGAGGGAAAAGUGUGGUAUCACGGAAAAGUCAGCAAGUCCGAAGCAUACAGCCUGCUGAUGACAGUCGGACGGGUAUGCAGCUUCCUGGUCAGACCAUCCGACAGCACUCCUGGGGAUUACUCGCUCUUCUUCCGCACGGGCGAGAACAUCCAAAGGUUCAAGAUCUGCCCCACUCCCAACCACCAGUUCACGGUGGGGGGGCGGUACUACAACAGUAUCGAUGAUGUCAUCGACCAUUACAAAAAAGAGCAGAUUGUGGAGGGAUAUUACCUGAAAGACCCAGUACCUGUUCAGCACCAGGAACAGGUAUACUCUGACGAGGACGGGAAGGCGAUUUAUAACACUAUCCGGCAAAAGGCUAAGGACUCAUUUUAUAAAAACAUCGUGAAGAAGGGCUAUCUCCAGCUCCUGAAAGGCAAAGGGAAGCGCUGGAAGCCCCUGUACUUCAUCCUGGAGGGGAGCGAUGCCCAGCUCAUUUACUUCGAGAGCGAGAAGCGGGCGACCAAACCCAAAGGCCUGAUCGACCUGAGCGUGUGCUACGUGUACGGUGUCCACGACAGUCUGUUCGAAAGGCCAAACUGCUUCCAGAUCAUGGUUCAGCAUUUCAGUGAAGAGCAGUACAUCUUUUACUUCGCUGGCGACUCGUCUGAGCAGACUCAGGACUGGAUGAAAUGCUUGCAGACGUUCUGUAAUAAUUUAAGGAAACCGGCGCAGUCAUCCUCCAACAAGCUCCGCCUCCGUCAGGUGAACAGUUUGAUCCUCAACGUGGAAGAGGCCCACAAGCUGCCAACGAAACAUUUCACCAACCCUUACUGCAACAUCUACCUGAACAGCGUGCAGGUAGCGAAGACUCACCUGCGUGAAGGGCAGAACCCCGUGUGGGCAGAGGAGUUUGUCUUCGACGACCUCUCGAGUGACAUAAACCGGUUUGAAAUCAGUUUGAGUAACAAGACGAAAAAGAGCAAAGAGAGCGACAUCCUGUUCAUGUGCUGCCAACUGAGUCGUCUGCAGCGAGGACAGACCAGCGACGAAUGGUUUCCCCUCAGCUCCCACGUGCCCCUGAAGGGCAUCGAGCCGGGCUCCUUACGCGUCCGUGCCCGCUACUCCAUGGAGAAGAUCAUGCCCGAGGAGGAGUAUGACAAAUUUAAGGAGCAGGUCCUCCUGAAGGACUUCCUUGUGGUCUAUGGCCUGGCCCAAGUCUGCGGGCAGGACCGCGGCCUCCUGGCCAGCAUCCUCCUCAGGAUAUUCCGCCACCAGAACCUGGAAGCUGUUCUCCUGAGGACCUUAAACGACAGGGAGAUCACCAUGGAAGAUGAGGCCGCUACGCUGUUCCGAGCCACCACCCUGGCGAGCACGCUCAUGGAGCAGUACAUGAAGGCCACCGCCACACCCUUCGUCCUGCAUGUUCUUAAGGACACCAUUCUGAAGGUCAUGGAGUGCAAGCAGUCCUGUGAGCUGAACCCAUCCAAACUGGAAAAGAACGAAGACGUGAACUUGAACCAGGCGCACCUUUUGAGCAUCCUGUCAGAGCUGGUGGAGAGGAUCUUCUCGGCUGCUGACAUUCUGCCACGGAAAUUGAGAUUCAUCUAUGGAUGCUUGCAGAAAUCUGUCCAGCAAAAAUGGCCUGACAACACAACCAUGAGAACCAGAGUUGUGAGUGGUUUUGUUUUCCUAAGACUGAUUUGCCCUGCAAUCCUCAACCCAAGGAUGUUCAAUAUAAUUACUGACCCGCCCUCUGUCACUGCCGCCCGAACCCUCACACUGGUCGCCAAGUCUGUGCAGAACCUGGCAAACCUGGUUGAGUUUGGAGCCAAGGAACCCUAUAUGGAAGGGGUGAAUCCGUUUAUCAAAAACAACAAGCAACAAAUGAUCACAUUUCUAGAUAAGCUUGGGAACGUUCCCGACCUCCCUGAGACCUCAGAGCAGUUUAGAACAGACUUGCCCCGGGACCUGGCCGCCCUACAUGAGCUCUGCGUCAGCCACUCCGACGAGCUUCGAACCCUAAGCAAUGAACGAGGUCCUCAGCAGCAUGUUUUGAAAAAGCUUUUGGCAAUCACAGAGCUCCUCCAGCAGAGACAGGUGCACUAUGCCGUGUCCAACAACAACAGGUAGUAAUCUGCAGCAGUCAGGCCCGGGGACCCUGCCUGCCCCACACACCACCGUCACCUCAGCUCACGCCCUUUCUCCUCCUCCAGUCCACCUCCAUUACAUUCAUUAAAAAUGUCUUCUGAAGUCACAAAGUUCACUUGGUAGUUAAAAAGUUGCUAUAAUUCAUCUUGUGUGGCCUGGAAACUGACAGAAGGGUAGGCAUAUUCUUGUAACUGGCUAAUGGACUUUUUUGUACUGUAAUCAAUAGCCAUUUGUUUUGUUAAUAUUUACGAAAAACAGCUUUUGUCAAAUUCGUUAGUAGUGUUCCGCUUUAUAGCUCAAGAAAAAAUAGGAAAGAUGUCAGACAAAGCUAUUUUAUAUUGAAACAUUGUUUCUUUUGCUGGCAUCGUGGUUUUUUUUGUCUUUGAUUUUGUUGCCAUUUGGUUUAUUCUACUUUAAUAUCAGGUGAUACAUAUAAUCAAGGAAAUAAUUUUCAAAAGCAUUUGUGUUUUAUAUCAUAGUACAAAUGUAUCUGGUUGCAUGCUCUUAUUAAACCCUUUUGUAAAAUACAUUGUCAUUUUUUUUAAAACUUCCAUUUGACAUUUUAAAAAGUCAUGACACAAUAUGAAAUUUAAACGUAUAUAUCAGAUAAAUUUGGCUGUAAUUAUUUGCAUACUAAAAUACUGCAAAAUCAGACAAUUUGAAAAUUAUAGUGUCUGGACUUUGCAAUAUGUAUACAUAUGAUCUGUUGUCAAUAAGAAAAUAUGUUUUUAUUUUUUAUGUUUGUCAGAGGUCUGUUCUGUCCAGUUAUUGUCUUAUUUCUUAUGCAACUGAAAAUUACUUAUUUGACACCGGAAGAUUUUGUGCAAAGGAUGAGGAAGGAACAAUGGCCAGGAAAGUCUUAUUCACAGAAUAGAACAGUAGUGUGUGGGCAUUUGCGUGUAUUAAAGUACAUAUUAGCUACUCAUCCCUGUUUAUCAUUGACAUUGUUAUGUGUAUCCCUGCAAACUCAGUGACUUCUGUUUCCACACAUGGUGAGUUAAAUGUCCUUCAUUUCCACCACCUCCAAUCCUGCUGUCUCUCUGCCUGUUUAUUGUAUGUCUUUUGUGGUUGAGUAGUGGUGAAUAUAUAACCAGUUGAGGUGGUCUUCAAACUAACCACCGUGCGGGUGAAUCUCGGCACCAGUACAUGAUCGGCACCUGAUCCUAUGUACUCCGGGAGUUCUUUAGAAAUCAUGGCCAUUGGUAGCUUUCUCAACUUGUCAGAGGAAUGGAAUUUGUGUUCCCUGUGGAAAUAGGGUUUGCUAGGAGAGAGAAUGGUGUGUGUUCUGGUUUCAUAAGGCCUCUGGCCGGGCUGCCAUCACUUUUCCCGGAAACCCUUUCCCAAGCCAUCUCUUAAAUCUGUGGCGAUUUGCUUUGUAUAAUUGUUUAAAAUGUUUUCAUCCAAUCUAAUUGUACAAUUUUUCUUAUUUCAGAGCGGAGUGCACAGUUGUUUCUCUGACAACUGCUAUCCAAGUCAUGUGACUCUUUAAGUCAAACGGACUGACGUGAAUAACCAAAUCUCUAGCUGCGAGAAACCGAAAUGAGGCACGAUAUGUAGCUAGCUAAUCUUUAGAUCUUUUCUGUAUCGUGGUCUGUCACCGAGUGGGUAAAUACUUAUGUGAUUGAAUUUUUUUCUGCAGUUGUAGUUUUUAAAUGAAUGUCUCCACUCUACGCGAUGGGAUUGAGAAAAAUACGUGAUAUGUGAUACGUGAUAUGUGAAUGCCUUCUGGAAGCUCUUGAAUGCUGAACUACCAGUGCCUUCAUCUAAAACAUGGGUCCCUGUUCCCGCUUCUGGAAGGCUAACUUGUAUGCAAGUUUUCCAGCUUUAUUUAGCCCUGCGUCAAAUCCAGUACCUCAGCUAGCUACUUCACUUUAGCUAAACGUAGUUCUAUAAAAGUGCGUACCUGCUUCAGAAGAACAGAAGUUUACAUACAUACAUACAUACAUACAUACAUACAUACAUACAUACAUACAUAUAUAUAUAUAUAUAUAUAUAUAUAUAUAUAUAUAUAUAUAUAUAUAUAUAUAUAUAUAUACACACAUACAGUUACUUUCACUUAAUGUAAAUGCCGAGUUGCUUUUUUUUAAAAAAGCCUGUUCUAUUGUUUCCAUUCAGAUUGGUUAUUGAGUCUUUAACGCUUUGUAAUUUAUCAGCUCACACUGCAGUAAACUGAGACAUGAGGUGAAUGGGGAAAAAACUUUUGACCAACUAAUGCCUGAAGCUUGUUAAAAUAAUGGAAUGUGCGUUUACACUACGACACGACAGUUAAGCCGAAUCUAGCAUGAUCUGGCAGGAAUGUCGUCUACAUGCAUUGGAAACAUGAACUGGAAUAGGCAAUUAGCAUGAUGUGACCAAAUGAAUUUCAAAUGUCAUCUAUUAUUGUAUGCCAUAAUUGUCAUAUAACUACUGUAUUUUUUAUUUUUGUAAUUAAAUGUAAGUUUCUGGUAA